AUGGCCUCAACGACUACAACUCAAAUUCGUGUGCGCGGCCGGCCUGCUCAUACUGCCGGCCCAACAUAUCUCUCGUACACCCCAGACGGGACGAAAUUGGUCACCGUGGGUUCGAAUAACACGACCCGCGUUUACAAAACUGGUUUCGAUGGAGAACCUACGAAUAUCGAUGACUGCCAAGAGCAAAAUAUGGGAGUGGAUUCAACAAAUGAUUUCUUCGUGUCUGGCUCAGAAGAUGGAACCGUCAGCAAAUACUCUUUCGAUACGAUGUCCUGCGAUACUUUCCUUAUGCGGUGUACUUUACCAAUUCGAGAUGUCUGUAUUUCCUCAGACGGAAAAUGGUGCGCUGUUGCGAGUGAUGAGUUGGUGGUCAAAAUCGUUGGAACCUCCGAUGCAAGCUCCAUGAUGUACCUCCGCGAGCAAUUGAAGCCGGUCAAACACAUAUCCUUCGAUCCUAGCAGCAAAUAUAUAGCCCUGUCAUGUACCGACGGUCUGGUAUACGUUUACUCGCUCCUGAAUGAUGAGCCUGAGCUUGUUCGAAAGGUCGAUGGUCUCAUCAGAAUAGUGGAGACCGACAGUGAGAUCAGCUCGAAAGUUGUUUGGCAUCCGGAUGGAAGAGUAUUUGCUGCGCCGACAGCCACAAGGGAUAUCCAGGUAGUGUCAAAAGGUGAUUGGGAGAACCAGAGAGUAUUUGCAAAUGGGCACUCGAGCGACGUCACGGCCCUUGCCUGGUCACCAAAUGGGGCUAUGUUGGCAUCUGCUGGGAAGGACAGGAAGAUCAUCAUCUGGGAAACCAAAACACAGAAGAUCAUUGCGAGCUAUGAUUAUGCCAAUGUAAUGGACCUGGCAUGGCAUCCCACCAAAAAUCUUCUGUCGUUUACAAAUGCGGACGGAGAAGUAUACAUCUUCAAUGAUUUUAUACCUGCCGAGUAUGCCAAUUUACUUAAGCUGGGUUUGCAACCAGCUCCGUUCAUUCACGAUCCUCUAACAGAGACGUCAGCCAAUUCUAGACGGCAAACCACAAAUGCGGCUAAGGAAAUCCCGCAUCGAGGUGCUCGGCGAGGUACACCGGACAGUCUAGAUGAUAUUCUUGGAUCAGAUAUCAUGGGAGACGAGGACGACUUUGUUGUUGAUGACGAUGGUGCCGGGUACGCACUUGGCUUGAAUGGAAAUGGUAAGAGACCAAAUGGCGACAUAGACGGACAUGCUGGCCCACUUAGCAAACGUCCUGUCCACGUUUGGGAACCGCAAUUCCACCAGUCAUUUCAACCCGGAUCUACACCGUGGCGGGGGAAUCGAAAAUACAUGUGCCUUAAUCUUAUUGGCUUUGUUUGGACCGUGGACCAAGAUACUCACAACACCGUGACAGUCGAGUUCUACGACCAUGAAUUUUACCGCGAUUUCCAUUUCACGGAUACAUUUCUCUAUGACAAGGCGUGCCUCAACGAAAAUGGAACACUCUUCUCGUCACCCGCAGACCAUAAGACCCUCGCUACAGUUUUCUACCGACCACAUGAGACUUGGACAACUAGGACUGAAUGGCGGACCGAGCUACCCAAAGGCGAGGACGUAACAGCCAUCUCACUAAGCGAAUCUUUUGUCACGGUCACUACUUCGGCCAAUUAUGUGAGAAUAUACACUUUAUUUGGUAUUCCAUAUAGAGUGUAUAGACAAAAGAGCAGCCCCACCGUUUCAUGUGCAAGCUGGAGAGACUAUGUCCUUACUCUCGGUAAUGGAUCAGUUGGCGCGGAUGGUAACACGAAAUUACUGUACACCAUACAGAACAUCAAAAGGGACGAAAUUUGCCAAAGUGAAGACAUCGUUGCUUUACCUGAUGGCGCAACAGUGAAGAGUGUAUUUUUCUCAGACAAUGGGGACCCGUGCAUCUAUGACUCGACAGGAACCUUGCUCGUACUCUUGCACUGGAGAACCCCUUCUCAAGCUUCAUGGGUUCCAUUUCUUGAUACUAAACUCCUCUCGCGUCUUGCUUCCGGCCGAAAAACAGAAAGCUACUUUCCAGUCGCGGUCGCAGAUAACAAAUUCCACUGCAUCAUUCUGAAGGGCGGCGAUCUAUAUCCCUAUUUCCCGCGACCUCUACUAUCCGAAUUCGAUUUCGAAAUUCCACUAUCUUCAAAUCCCAAACCCGACAGUGGCGAUGGCGACCAAGAUAUGGAUGCCACCGAAGGUGAUGAAUUGAAGAAAUUAGAAAGCCAAUUCGUUCUCAAGAGUCUCUUAGCGGCCCAGCAACAGGAUCUGGUUGACUAUACCAAGAGCUCCCAUACACAGCGGACUGCGCUGGCUAGGAUGGAGGUCGAGAUUGAUAAGACCUUGCUGCAGAUGAUGGCUGUGGAGUGUAGAGAAGGGGAAGAGAGGGGCAUGAGAGCCCUAGAGAUGGUUACAUUAUUGAGGGAUCGUAGUGGUCGGAUGAUUGACGCCGCCGGGAAGGUUGCAGAGCGGUAUGGUAGAACUGUUCUUGGGGAAAAGAUUAGGGAGGUAGCUGAGGCAAGGUUAUUGAACGGUAUGGACGAGGACUAG